AUGGAAAUCAUGAAAGCUGAAGUUCCAAAAGACUUUAAAGCUCCCGACAUGACCCCAUAUGAUGGUACAUCUGACCCAAGUCAUCACCUCAGCAACUUUAGGAGUUGGAUGUACCUCAUGGAUGCCUCAGAUGCAACCUGCUGUAAGGCCUUUCCGACUACUCUUACCAAAACGGUGAUAAAAUGGUUCGACAGCCUGCCUCCGAGGUCAAUCACAAGUUUUAAUGAUCUUGCCAGAAAAUUCCUAGCCAGAUUCUCCAUUCAAAAGGACAAGGCCAAGCAUGCUCCCAGUCUCCUAGGAAUCAAACAGGGUGAUCGGGAGAGCCUUCGGAGCUACAAUGAAAGAUUCAAUAAAGCAUGCCUUGACAUACAUAAUCUCCCCACAGAGGCGGUCAUCACGGGACUUAUCAACGGACUGCGUGAGGCUCCCUUCAGCCACUCCAUAUCUAAGAAGCACCCCACAUCUUUGAAUGAAGUGCAGGAGCGAGCUAAGAAAUACAUCAACAUGGAGGAAAACUCCCGACUGGGAGAAACCUCCAAGGCCGGGUUUCCCUACCCCUUCCGGGACAAAGACAAGGAGCCGAGAAAAAAGGAGGACCAGUCCAUAGAAAAGCCCAUGAAAUAUGAUAACUAUACCCCUCUUUAG